CUCCCUGCGCGCGUCGGCCCGGGCGGCGCGGCCCCGCCAUGGGCUCGGGCGGGUGGUCGCCGCCGCCGCUGCCGCCCCUGCCGCCCCUGCCGCUGCUGCUGCUGCUCGGGCUGGCGGCGCUGCUGGGCUGGGGCUGGCGCUGGCGGCGGCGCGCGCGGGGCAUCCCGCCCGGCCCCGCGCCCUGGCCCGUCGUGGGCAACUUCGGCUUCGUGCUGCUGCCGCCCUGCCUGCGCCGCCGCGACGCCCUGGCCCGGCCCGCGCCCGCGCCCCGCGGCCCGCAGCUCGUCCUGGCCGACCUGGCGCGCACCUACGGCAACGUGUGCAGCUUCUUCAUCGGCCACUACCUGGUGGUGGUGCUCAGCGACUUCAGGAGCGUGCGCCAGGCGCUCGUGCAGCAGGCGCGCGUCUUCAGCGACCGCCCGCGCGUGCCGCUCGUGUCGCUGCUCACCAAGGAGAAGGGGAUCGUCUUCGCCCGCUACGGGCCCGUGUGGCGGCAGCAGCGCAAGUUCUCGCACGCCACCCUGCGCCACUUCGGCCUGGGGAAGCUGAGCCUGGAGCCGCGCAUCCUGGCCGAGUCGCAGUGCGUGCGGGAGGAGAUGCGCCGGCAGGGGCAGGGGGGCGCCGCCUUCAGCCCCUUCCCCGCCGUGCACCGCGCCGUGUCCAACGUCAUCUGCUCGCUGUGCUUCGGCCAGCGCUUCGACCCCACGGACGGCGAGUUCCAGAGGAUGCUGGAGCUGAUGUCGCGCUCGCUGGAGAUCUGCCUCCACUCGCAGCUGCUGCUGGUCAACGUCUGCCCCUGGCUCUACUACCUGCCCUUCGGCCCCUUCCGCGAGCUGCGGCAGAUCGAGCGGGACAUCACCGGCUUCCUGAAGAGGAUCAUCCGGGAGCACCGCGCGUCCCUGGACGCCGCGCAGCCGCGCGACUUCAUCGACAUGUACCUGCUGCAGGUGGAGGCGGCGCGCGGCCAGGGCGGCCCCAGCAGCUUCGACGAGGACUACCUCUUCUACAUCAUCGGCGACCUCUUCUUCGCCGGCACCGACACCACCGCCAACUCCCUGCUCUGGUGCCUGCUCUACGCGGCGCUGCACCCCGACGUCCAGGAGAAGGUUCACGAAGAGAUCGAGAGGGUCAUUGGCCGUGCCCGAGCCCCCUCGCUCACGGACAAGGCGCAGAUGCCCUACACGGAGGCCACCAUCAUGGAGGUGCAGCGGCUGACGGUGGUGGUGCCCCUCGCCAUCCCACACAUGACCUCGGAGGACACAGUGCUCCAGGGCUACACCAUCCCCCGAGGCACGCUGGUGCUGCCCAACCUGUGGUCCGUCCACAGAGACCCGGCCGUGUGGGAGAGGCCCAACGACUUCUGCCCGGGCCGGUUUCUGGAUGAGCACGGCCGGCUGGUGAAGAGGGAGACCUUCAUUCCCUUCGGAAUAGGGAAGCGGGUGUGCAUGGGCGAGCAGCUGGCCAAGAUGGAGCUCUUCCUCAUGUUCGUCAGCCUCCUGCAGAGCUUCAGGUUCACGCUGCCCGAGGACUCGCCGAAGCCCAGCCUGGCCGGGAAGUACGGCCUCACCCUCGCCCCCCACCCGUUCAACGUCAUCGCCUCCGAGAGGUGACGGCAGGGCCACGCUCGCACAGGCCAGCCCUGCUCGGGUUGGGGUUGCAGAGGCUGCAGGGCGGGGGGCGGAGCUCCUGGCGGGGGUCGGUGGCUGGGGGGCUGGUGUCUUCCGGCCCGCCUGUCCCUUUCCUGAGCUGUUUGCAGGACGGCACCCAACUCGCCUCUCCUGUCUCCCAGCAUGAGCCAAGGCCGGGGGCCACGUCUUUGCUGAGCCCCCGGGGCAGCCCCAGAGAAGGGGGGAGGGAGACCUGUCGGCGUGCAGGACCGAGGGGGUGCCCGAGGCGGGCGGCCUGAGCUCUGGUCAGGGUCAGGAGUGUUUGUGCCCAGGAGUGCCCCUUGCUGCUGGCCUUCUGUGUGAGAUUCAGCCGAUCCUCUCUCUACUGGCCGCACCGGGCCCUGCCCACGGAGGGCGGGUCAGUGUGGGAAGUUUGGGGUCCCUCUCCCUCCUGCCACCAGCGGGAGGCGCUGUAGCUGCUCCCGUGGGAUGUGAGCCCGCAGGGGAGCGGGAGGCCCUGGACGGAGGGGGCAUCGGGCAGGAAAGGCUGGGGCUGCCCAGGUCACCCGCACUCAGGAAGGGCCCCGCAAGGAGAAGGAGCCCGGGGAAAGGCCACGGCCUAGUGCAGGCUGGCUGUGUGGGCGGCGUGGGCAGCUGCUGGCCAUCCUGCCUGGGGUCGGAGCCGGGCGCUGUCUAGCCCUCUUGGAACUGCCCCCGCGCAGGCCCCGAGCAGGGUCCCCACUGCACUUUACGUAGCAAGGCUGGGAAUGCGGGCUCGCCUGCAGGUGCUCCAGGGCCAACGCACCAAUGGAAAAGGGUCCCGGACCCCCAUAGCUCUGCGUGGCCGACCCUCCCGGGCUCCCAGCCUCUGCACCAAACCGCCCCCAGUUUCCCCAGAAGAGGGUCCCCUGGAAGGACGCCACUGGGUCACACAGUGCCUUAGCCUGGAGCACUUGAGAGCAGGAAGCGUCUCGGGCGAGUCCCCGGGCGUUGCUUCCCACACACCUGCUGGCGUGACUCUGGACAUCAUGAUUGGUCGAAAUCACGACAUUUCCUCGAGUGUGGAAACAACAGUAUUCUGUUUUCUAAACUCCCCGAGAAGCCACUUUCUAGUCCUCCUGUAGCCUGAUUUCUGAUGCUUUUAUUAAACGUUGUGACGGAGA